AAAAAAAAAACACACACACACACAAUGGAAUGGUCAGAUUUUCACUACUCUCCACUGGAAGAAUCUUUGUGUGGGCUUUUGUCACCCCAGUUCGAAAUGGACAAGGCAGAGUGGACUUCUGAAGAGAACAAGCUGUUUGAGAAUGCCUUGGCUGAAAUUGAUCCUGCUUCUCCAGCUUUCUUCGAGCAUGUUGCAUCCCGAGUUCCCUGGAAAUCCAUCCAAGAGAUCAAAAACCAUUACCAAGCAUUGGUUGAAGAUGUGGAGAUGAUCGAAUCAGGCCAUUUUCCACUUCCCAACUACCAAAACCUCGAUGAUCACGAGAAGCAAGAGGAGAUGGAGGCCAAGAAAGAGGACGGAUCCCCAUCGGUUGAAGCUAAAACCAGGAACGGCCAGCAAAGGCGGCGAGGUGUUCCGUGGACUGAGGAAGAACACCAGUUGUUCCUUAUGGGACUCAACAAGUACGGGAAAGGCGACUGGCGGAGCAUCUCAAGGUACUACGUCAUCACCAAGACCCCAACGCAGGUUGCUAGCCAUGCACAGAAGUAUUUCAGACGACAAACGAGCUCCACUCCAGUGGACAGGCGCCGCCCUAGCAUUCAUGACAUCCAGACCGUGAAUCCCACCACCUUCGCCUCAGUGCCCCAAAGGCAUGCGGCCAACAACACUCACCCAGAUAUGGACGAACCAAUUCCUUUCUCUUCUUGCAGCUUCAUUCCAAUGCUCAACCACAACUUCAAUGGAGGUGGUAUCAAUGUUGAGCAAAACCCUAUGUUUUUGCCACCCGUGAACUCCACUUCCUUUCCAUCUGCUGAUCCCCUCUUCAAUCAGACUUCAGCUGCCUAUCCUGCACCCUACAUGCUUCCAUCUUUCAGGAACCAACAAUGGGGUUAAUUACAUAUAAA